CGGUGGGGCUCGUCACAAGCGGGACAAAGCAUUUGUUCAGAAGCUGUUGGAGAACCGUUGUCUCUGUCCGGGACAAACGCUUACAAACGACAUACCAUCCUUAAAGUACACAGAUUUGCCUUAAUGCUAUUUUGGAAAGACGUAAAUAUCCCUACAGACUUUUUGUAUUCGUAGAGUGAACUAAAGUUUGUUUUAGAGAAAAUCUUUAACAGGAAACACAAACGCGCAUUGGUCAGUUCGCCUCCAUCGAUCCCCAGUUCUGGACUUCGUUGAACGAUGUUUGACAAGCAGCAUUACGAGAGCCCACCAGUCUACAGUCCUCCUUUCACUCCUCCAUCCAACAAUGGCUUUGGCCCGACUGACAGCUUCCAUGGCCCUCAGAGUGAUUACAACGCAUACCCACCUCCACCAGGAUCUUACUACAUUGAGGACAAACCACAGCACUUCUACAAAUGGCUGUCACCUCCUGGGAUCAUCAAGGCCAUGAUGGCUACAGUGGUAGUGCUGUGUGUGGCGAUAUUUGCCUGCGUGGCUUCAACUCUCAUGUGGGACAUCCAGUACGGCUACGGCAUGGGAAUGGGUUACUAUGGUUCCGGUAUGGGCUAUGGCAGUGGAUAUGUUGGGAGCAGCUAUGGCUCAGGGUAUGGCGGUUAUGGUGGUUAUGGCGGCUAUGGAAACUAUUAUGGCUCAUAUGUUUCUCCUUAUUCAGCCAAAACUGCCAUGAUUGCCAUGGCUGCCAUUAACUUUGUAGGCUCACUAGCCUUCUUCAUUGCCACCUUCUCUAAAUCCAACACAGUGCGUUGCCGAAAGUUCUUCCUUGCUCUCCUGAUAACCUGCGUCCUCAUGGCUGUCCUGCAGGGCAUCAUAAACAUUGUCUACAUUGUCGGGGUGAAUCCGAUGGCGCAGAGCUCUUCUAAUAUGUUGUACAAUCCAAUGCUCGUGAUGUGCCAGAGCCUCUAUCAGACCAGCUACUCCCAGAUGGGUGGAGUUGGAGGCUUCCCCAUGUAUAACCAGUACCUGUACCAUUACUGCUUUGUGGACCCACAGGAGGGAGUUGCCAUGGUGUGUGGAUUCCUGGUUGUCAUUGCUUUGGCAGUUGCUGCUUUUUUUGCCCAAAAAACAAGAGGGAAGAUCUGGCGCUAUGGAAAACCAAAUAUUUACUGGGAUGAGCCUCUGGUUGGUGGGAAGGCCUCAGAGGGCAGAGAUGUGGAGGAAUGGGUGAACAAUGUAGAGGAAAGCCGCAGUGUUCAGGAUGCCCCGACUCUGCAGGUGUCAGAGAAGGGAGGUGGGCUGCUCAAUGCUUCAGCUAACAGUGUCCUUUCCUACCCUGCAGUCAAGGUGGAAAGCAACUCCUACAGCGGGGAUGACAACCAAUACUCUGAGCAAACAACCAGCCGUCCGUCUGAAGUGUUUUCUAAUGGUGGCAGGAUUAGCUCCAGUCCCUCAGAGGAGGCAGGUGGAGGCCGAAAACCCUCUGCCAACAGGGGCAAGAGACGAAGGCGUAACCCAGAAUUGGAUGAAUCUCAGUAUGAAACAGAGUACACCACAGGAGGAGAGACUGGCAAUGAAGUUGAUGCAGAAGAAUGGGAGAGUAUGUACCCAGAAAUAACUUCAGAUGCCCAGCGACAUGACUAUAAGAGAGAGUUUGACGCCGACCUUCGGGAGUACAAGCGCCUGUGUGCCGAGAUGGAUGACAUUAAUGAUCAGCUAAAUAAACUCAGCCGGCAACUGGACACACUGGAUGACACCUCUGCCAAAUACCAGGCUGUUGCAGAGGAAUAUAACCAGCUGAAGGAUCUGAAGCAGACUUCAGAAUACCAAUCCAAGAAGAAACUGUGUCGCAGGCUUAGACACAAACUGUUCCACAUUAAACGCAUGGUGAAGAACUACGACAAGAACCACUGAAGGAUCCACUCAAUCCUGACCCUCCAUUCUGGUGCACACUGCAGAAACUUUCAGAUAUGGUCCACUAUACACUCCAAAAUACUGCAAAGACUGUUAUACUGAGACCAAAGUUACAACAUACAGGCACAUACAGGAGCAUAUUGCACACCAGUUAAAAACAGGGAACACAUUACAGUAUGAGUAAAAAUAAUAAUCUAGAGUUGUGAUUACAUGAUCACUCUCAUAUAAUCACCACUGCAAAGUAAAAUAAAAGCAGGAUCCUCAAUUGUAGCCUCUUCAAGUGUAAACAGUUCUAUUUCUCUGAAGGUUAAGCUCAGUGUUUGCAGGGCGCAGUUGGGACCAGAGAAUGAGAUGGGAGAAAUUUUUGAAAGUCAUCUGAUCUUUAAUCAGCUGUGAUAACACCAUGUUUUUUUUAACUGUGUUUUUCUGCAGAUUUGCAGCAUUUCUUUAUCUCCACAGAUAAGAGGUGGACCAGUAUUGUAGAGAAUGUAGUAAUGGGUGAGGUCGCGAGGAUUACUUGUGAGCAAAUAUUCCGUUUUGUUAAACCUCAGCUUGUUGCAAAUUAACUUUAGUUGAACAUUGUGUCAUAUGAGUAUCAGUGUUCAUAACUACUUUAACCAUCAGUAAACUGCUUACUGGUGUGACCACUGAGAUUUUGAGUUUUAUACUGAGAGUUUUAUUAUCAGAUGUGAUCAGACCAAAAAAAAAGGUGACAAACUGGCCAAUAAGAUGUGUGGCAUUUUUGUCAUGUACAUACUUGAUAAUUUCAGCUUAUACCACAUACAGAGACCAGACUCACAUGCUUGUUAAAGCAGUUCUUUAGAUUCUUAAAUAUUUUUUACACACUAAAGACACCAGACUUUAUUAAAUGUUCAUUCAAAUUUGACGUCGUCUUUGCAAAUAAGUACAGUUAAUGCAGUUUUCGUAUUUUAUAUUAUGCACGCUCUGCAAAAAUAAAUCUGUUUUUUUUCCAGUGAAAUCUUUUAUCAUUUUGUAUUAAUCCAUUUCAUGUUUAAAAAAGAUCUACUGUACAUCUAAAAAUAGAUGCUUUUGAUUUGUCACACGUUUGUAUUUUUAUGAAGAGGAUUGUCAUUUUACAAACCAUUUGCGAGCCAUUUAUUUUUGUAAGAAUUUAUUUUCUUUAAGCUAUUAUAAAAGACCAUUUUUUGUAACUGUACACUUCCAUAAAUUGUGUUGUCUAAAAAUAUGAAUUUAGUACAUAAUAAACAUCUCUAAUUCUAAAA